GCGAUGCUCGCGUAAUGAUCGCCUGUCCUCUUGUAUUACACUGUCGUCUGCUGCUUCCGUCCCCGCCCGCUGGCUCUCACAGUUCUGUGCACGCCGCUUCUGCCCCCUGCGGCAUAUAGGCAGCCCAGCGGCGCAUACACGGAGAGCCGUCGCCCUCCUCGCUCCUGCGUCUCCGUUCUCUCCCUUCGCGAAGCUGCGAGAGAUGUUCGGGGCCUUUCUCUGCGGUAAGCUCGACCCCGUCGUGAGACUCGACCUCACAUUUACGCUCGUCUUUGUCGCACGUGUCGCACUCGUCCGAUCGAGCGGGGGCAUUCAAGACAGCGGAUCGCGGCCAUGCGCAACAUCUCGUAAUGCGUGUGAUCGCUGUGCCUGGGCUCGCGCAGGCCAUCACGCAGCAUUCAUAGCGUCUGGCGGCGCUCAUCUCGCGCUGCAGUCGGAUGCCACCCCACUGGUUUAUCCCCGCCAAAUACCGCAAAGCCUCCAUCCACCCGUGCUCACUAAGGCUCAUUGUUCUUUGCUCCGACAUCUUCUACCAUCAUGCUGGAACCCCCCUCCUGGUUCUUCCAGGUUCCCAGCUCGUCUCACUCUUUGAUCUUCCUGCGGGCUGUGGCUAGAACCCCGGCCAUCUGUUACGGCACCUGCGGAGCUGUGGACCGGAGGCGCAGGGCCCAGGCGCAAACAUUGUACGACCGCGUUUGAAUAUGAUCUUCAUUUGCAAUCAUUCAGAAAUUUG